CGCGCUCUCGCGCAUGCCAGUCUCCCGUUCUCUAGGAGAAGAGACAGGGAGGCUGAUGCGCUCGCCUUGCUGCCCCUAACGCAUUGGCUCAACGUAGACCUCUGGUGUUUUUUUAGUUGAUAUUUUUAGCAUCGGAGGUCGGUCGUAUUGCAUCGAGCGUGGUAGUUCGUGCAGUUCAUCUGCAGUGCUGCUGAGCGCUGGAGAACCGCAGUGUGUUGCGCCGUGAACGCUCGAGCUCAGCAUAUUGAAGAACGUGUCCGCUUAUUACGGCGAAUGAUCUGAAGUAAACACACAGGUCUGUUUGCGGAGCGCUGGAUAUCGCAUCUAGGCUUUCAGUGGCCUCUUGCUAAGACGCUUUUUUGGGGGGUGAAAUGGCCAGUCCUGGAAACGAUUCGGCUUCAAAUGCCCAGCUGGAUCAGGGUGAAUCUGCAGACGCUACCCCUGAACCAGCGUUUCAAGAAGCUCAGAAAUGGAUCGAGGCAGUGACAGGAAGAAGUUUUGGUGAUAAGGAUUUCAGAAGUGGGCUGGAGAACGGCAUUCUGCUCUGCGAGUUGCUGAGUUCAAUCAAACCAGGGCUUGUGAAAAAGAUCAACAGACUCCCAACUCCCAUUGCAGGACUGGAUAAUCUGACCAUGUUUCUGAGAGGAUGUGAAGAGCUGGGAUUGAAGGGAUCACAGCUGUUCGAUCCCGGAGACCUGCAAGAUACAUCGAUACGUGCAAACUUAACAGGCUCUGACUGCAGUAGAAAGCUGAAGAAUGUGCUCAUAACCAUAUACUGGCUUGGUAAAGCUGCUAACAGCUGUGCAACGUAUAACGGCCCCACACUCGACCUGAAAGAGUUUGAGGGGCUCCUUUCCAUGAUGCGAAAGGAGUGUGCAAACGAAGAGUUGGACUCCCCUAAGCGCAGUAUACGGGACAGCGGUUACAUUGACAGCUGGGAAUCGGAGCGCUCUGAUUCGCUGUCUCCUCCGAGGCACGGCCGAGAUGAUUCGUUCGACAGUCUCGACUCAUUUGGCUCUCGAUCGCAGAACACACCCUCUCCAGACACAGUUAUCCGCUGCAACAGUGAUGACUCUGAAGGUGACGGUGGUUUAAGGAAGUUGCCAGACAUGCGUAAGGAUGACAUGUCUGCCCGUCGUGUGUCCUACAAAGAGCCUCGUGCUGCUCUACCCUUCAACCAGUAUCUGCCGAACAAGAGCAACCAGACCAACUACCUUCCCGCCCCCCUGAGGAAGAGGAGGAGCGAGAGAGAGGAAGACAGGAGGAGUCCAAGCAACUCAACAUCUCCUGUAGGCGGAGAAAGACCUCUCAGACAAGAAUGCGUAGAAGUGGUAAAAGAGGGGUCUGGCGUGUCUCGAAGCCUUGCAUUGAAGAAAAAUUUCACCUGGGCUGAUGAGAAAGGGGCAGAGCGUGAGGAGGCGGAGCUUAAGAAAAUAAGGAAGCUUGAAAAGUCGGGAAUUAAAGUAUUACCCGCCUCUGUGCGAUAUAACAGUCCAAUCGAGAAUCCUGUGGAGGACAAUAAAGCUAAACCACCUUCACCUGACAUCAUUCUUCGGCGUGACAAUGACUUCAUGCGGGCUGCGGCCCCACAUCAGUGGGACUCGAAUGAGGAAGAUGAAGAUGCAGAGGCAGAGCAGAAGGUUCCAGAUGUCCAAAAGGAUGAUCUUGCUUCUCGCAGAGCCCGCAUGAAUCAAUUCAAACCGAGUGUUGCCCAUAACUUCCUGCCAGGCUCUUGUAGUUGGAAGGACCGAGAGAAAUGGGAGGGAAUUAGGCUGGCAUCCCAGCAUGCUGUGUUGGAGAGAAUGGAGAAGAUGGAACUGGAGAAAAAGAGUCAGGCUGACUCCGCCCCCCCUGAGAUACCAAUCAUUACUCGUAAGGACAAUCCUUUCCUGAAUCUUGAAAAAGAAAGGGCAAAAGAAGGGGAUGAGGAAGAUAUGAAAGAGGUAGAAGGGAAGAUAGUUGUCCCAAACCCACACAAAGAUGAUCUAGCAAGGAGGCGGACUGAGGGAAGGCCACGCCCUCCCAAAGAUCCUCAUCAGUCAUUGGUCCAGACUUCCAUCACUCAAUCAGACCUGGAAACAUGGCAGAGACUCAAGAUGAAUACAGAGAGCAGUGAGUCUGACUCCACCCCUGCUGAAGUGUCAAUCAUAACUCGCAAGGACAACCCCUUCCUGACCCCUGAGAAAGAAAGUGGGAGUGAGCAGGAGAAUGAGGAAGGGAGAGUCAGAGAGAAAGUGGGGUGGGUGGUGAUGCCUGAUGUAAAGACAGAUGACCUGGCCAGAAGGCGGGCCCAAAGUGGGUCCGUCCCACAGAGAGACCCCUGGCAGUCAUUGGCUCAAACAACCAUCACUCAGUCAGACCUGGAGAAAUGGCAGAGGCUCAAGAUGAAUACAGACAGCAGCGAUGACCCUAUUGUCCCUCUGUGUCAGACGUGUCUUGAGAAAGGCUGCCUCUCUGUCUCCUCCAAGACGAAGGUUGCCAAGAACGACCUGGCCGGUUGCCAGGAACGUUCCUCCGGUGAACGGCGGCGUUUUGUGACAUUUGGGGGUGUGACAGAGAUGGAGAAUACUUCCUGGAAAGAGGAGGAAGAUGAGGAAAGGGAAGAGGGACAGGGGGACGAGGCAGAGAAGCUUCGGUAUCUCCUCUCGAUGGCAACUGUUGCUGUGCCCACCAUAGGGCUGGGCUCCAGACUGACAAAGAGAGCGGUGGGCAGUGGAGAUGCAAACACUGAACCUGCUCCCAUCAUGCCCCCUGAACCUUCGAACCCUGCCGUGUUUGACCUUAAACAGCCUUUGACCUCCUCUGAGCGCAGGGUGCUAGAGGAGAAACUGGAUAAGAAAGCUAAAGAUGAGAGGGAGGAUGAUGAAGAGGACGAAGAAGAGGAGAGUCAACCGGAUAUAGAAAAGGAUGACAUGCUAGCUCGUAGAACAGGAGCAUUUCUGAAGCCAGCAAGCGGGACGUCAUAUAACAGAUUCCUCCCGCAGCCGAGUUCCAAGAGAGAAGGCACUGCAGGGGCUUCCAUAGCCCAGAAAGGAAGUAUCCAGAUGGGCAUGAGUGGAGACAGAGACCUCCAGUACCUGGAAAGAAACAUAAAGACAAAGAGAACUAAGAUUGGACAGAGAAAUGAACCAGUCGAUCAAGUACCAAAGACACCUGUUCCAGUUGCUGCAGUGACCCAAAAGAGCCCUGACAUUGUGCGCUCAUCUGGAACUAACGUCGAUUGCUCUGGCGGUUAUGAUGAUGAUGAUGAUGAUGAUGAUGAUGAUGAUGAUGAUGAUGAUGAAUGUGGGGUUGACGGUCAUCUGCCAGAUUUUGAGAAGGAUGACAUGUUAGCGCGAAGAACUGGAUCUUAUCAGAAGCCCAGUGCAGGGGCAGGACAGACUUUUAAUGCAUUUCUGCCCAAACCUGGUUCUGUCAAACACAAAACCAUCCCUGUCAGUGGAUCGCAGUCAUUCUUCAAGACUAGAGAGCAAGAGACAGCCCCGUCUCUGGACAGCUUCACCCUUAGCCCAAGAGAUGCUGAGGACAUGCGUAAGAAGUGUCAUCAGAUGAUGGACAGGCAGGAGGCGGGCUCUGUGGGUGUGGUGGGACAUGAAAGUCUUAUUAAAGAUGAGACUAUUACCAAAAGCCCCUCCCCUAUACCCGACCAACCCUCACGCCGGCCCCUUUGGCAGGAAGAUGAUGAUCUCCCCCCAAUAUUCAGAGCUACUAGUGUUUCUGAUGAAACAGAGAGUGUGAGUUUGAUUGACAUGCGUGAUGAAGAGGAUGAGCUUGCCUACCUUCGGGCGCACAGCCAAUCACGGCAUGAGCACCUACACAACCAGUACAAUAAACUCAAAGAGGAGGAGGACCAGUGGCAGGACGAUUUGGCUCGCUGGAAGAGUCGGAGACGAAGUGCUUCUCAAGAUCUGAUCAAAAAGGAAGAGGAGAGGAAGAUGAUGGAGAAACUAAUGACAACGGAUGGAGGAUCCGCCUAUCGCAGAAAGAGCAUCAAAACAUACAAAGAAAUAGUAGAAGAGAAAGAGCGUAGGGAGCAGGAACUACAUGAACAAUAUUGUAAAGCCUCCACUCCAGAAGAGAAAGCUGCUGUGCUUCAACGUUAUGCUCUCCGUUUCACCAUCAGCGAUGCCAUAUUGGAGAAACUCCAGCUCCCCAAACUGCCUUCUGCUGCCUCACCCAUGCACAUGUCACCUCUCCAUCAGCCUGAGAAGAAGCCAACAUGCACCGCCCUAGUAGAAGCAAAGGUUCCAGAGCCUGCACAAACUACCCAAACACACCCUGUGAUCCAUGUAGACCAGAAGACUGCACAAAAACAGGCACCGGCGCUGCCCAAAACCACUGAACCAUCACCUGGCAAGUCCAUCAAAGCUCCAGAAGUCCUGUCAGCACCCACGCGAGUUCCUCCUGCUCCAUCAAAGCCUGUACCCCUCAUCACCCCAAAACCCUACAGCCAGCCAAAAUUCAGCCAAGGCCUCCGCAAAUCAAUAAAGAGUGAUGGGCUGAUACGUGUGAAUGGUGAGAGCACUCAGCAGGAGAGCAGAGAGAGGGACGAUAGAAAUUCCAUGCAUCGUCCUAUCAACUUCUCUCCCUCACCUCCAAAGCCAGCCACUCAAAGUCUACAAAAUGAGGAGCUCAUUGUGUUAGAAGCCUCAGACCACCAGCAAAACUUACAGACUUCCAUUCCUGAACAAGAGAAAGAAGUUGUAAAGAUGGAAAAGGAAUGUUCUCUUAUUUCUCAAGAAGAGAAUAUCAAAGAAGACAACUCAACCGCACUAUCGUUGUCAGAACCAGCAGGAAAGCAGCCAGUGCCAGACACAAUGAUGAAGCUCAGCUGUGUUGUCACAACAACCAUAGUGACAGAACUCACCCAGACACACCAAAUCCCACCAAAUGACACGUCCUGCACAGAGCAGCUUGGUUCAGUCCAUAAUUCAUGUGAUUUGAGCUCAACUGCCGAGACCAGCAAGGCUGACCAGACUUCAUACUCACUCUCACUGACAGAGGGGAUUGACUACUCAACUGAAUGUAUUGAAACCCCAAUGCUGAAUCUUGCAAAAAGGGUUGAUCACUGGACGUGGGAUCCUAAUGAAGAGCGUAGACGGCAGGAGAGAUGGCAACAGGAGCAGGAACGCCUACUGCAGGAGAAAUAUCAGAGAGAGCAGGAGAAACUGAAGGAGGAGUGGGAGAGAGCGCAGAGAGAGGUGGAAGAGGAGGAGAGGAGACACCAUGAAGAGGAGAGGCGGAUACUGGAGGAAACUGUGACCCCACUGACCCCUCGCACCUCACUUUUAUCAUCCGGUAUCGUGACCGAGGCUCCGUCCCUCACCCAGCCCUCAGUCCCACAGGACACUAUUGUCCUCUCCUUGGCUGACUGGGAGAAGAAACAGGAAAUGCUGGAGAAACAGGCACAGACGAACCAGAGUAACAGACUGACACACAGCCCUGAUCAAGUAAUCGCACCAGCUCAGCAGAAUGGUCAGAGGAUUGAACCUCAGGAGAGCCAAACAGCUACACCACAACUGCAGUUUAUACAAGAUGGCUCUUGGAGCUGUAAGUCUAAAGGUGGGCAAGAGGAUUUGAAGAAAACUGCCUCACUUGAUCGCAAACAGAGUCCACCCCAGAGCCAGACCACGGGGAUGAGGAGGACUGGGUCGUGUGAAAAUGUUUUAGGGACACACCCAUCAAAAUCACCCACACCAUCACAAGACACGCCACCUCCAUCACCCAGCAGGUCAGUAAGUGGAAAGAAACUUUGCUCCAGCUGUGCACAUCCGUUGGGUAAAGGAGCAGCUAUGAUCAUUGAAACCUUGGGGCUGUACUUUCAUAUUCAGUGUUUUAAGUGUGGCGUGUGUAAAGGGUUACUUGGCGACACAAGUGCUGGGACUGACGUCCGAAUUCGAAAUGGACUUCUUAAUUGUCAAGAAUGCUACAUAAAAUCAAGGGCUGCUGGCCAGCCGACAACAUUGUGAGGCCUCUGCACUUCUGACAAGGAAAUGGAACCGGAAUCAGGUUAAACCAAGCCAGGACCAGACCCAAGAAGAACGGAUUUUAUGUUUCUACAACAUUUCCAACUAUUUUCCUUACAGCACAAUCAAAGCACAUAUACAUCAACAUCAGAACUGGAAUCAUGAACGCAUGAUGGGUUUUCCUCUGGACUUUGACUGUUUUUGUGCUUAUAUGACAUGAUAAAGAGUUUAAAAAAUAUAUUACAGCGAGUCUGUUAAUACUGUUAGUUUUACACUUUCGAAUGAGUACUGGUGGAACUUUACCUCACAGUGGCCAUGUUACACACAGUUCAAUAGCAAU